AGUCGUGUUUUUACAUCAUUCGUUAGAGCAUUACACCUUAGCAAAUAAUAUAAGUAAUUCAUAAAAAAUAAAAAACGUAAUUUUCAGUAUAAUAUUGUAACGCCAUUUAAAAAUAACUUAUAAUUGAAGAUAUCUUGUGUGUAUUUAGUACUCAAAAGGGGAUGGUGUAAUUUUUGAAAAUGAAGUGCAAUUUCAGUGUUAACGAUAUAAAGGAAAAUUCUAUAAAGAGAUAAAAUAAAAUAUCGAAAAGAAGACGAUGGAUGAUGAAGAGGCAGACUUGAGGGAGCAGAUUUUUCAUAACAAUGUUCGAGAGCAGAUUAUAUUCCUGCUUUUGUUUAUAUUACUGUACCUCUUCUCGUUCAUGUUAAUCGAGAAAUUUCGUCGGCGCGAUAGCGAUGAUUAUUUUACGGCUGACGAAGAUGAGGUGAAGGUAUACAGAAUAAGCCUAUGGCUUUGCACUUUUGCAUUGGCCGUGUCUUUGGGCUCGGCACUCCUGCUGCCCGUAUCAAUAGUCAGCAAUGAAGUGCUCAUAUUGUACCCAAAUAGCUAUUAUGUUAAAUGGCUGAACAGUUCUCUAAUACAAGGAUUAUGGAAUCAUGUGUUCCUGUUCUCCAACUUGUCAUUGUUCGUAUUUCUACCGUUUGCAUACCUAUUUUCUGAAUCCACUGGUUUUCCUGGUUGCCGAGGUUUAAAGGGACGUGUGUAUGAGACUUUUAUAGUACUGGCGCUUCUUGGUGUUGCCAUGCUAGGGUUAGCAUAUGUUAUAUCUGCUUGGUUGGAAGGGGACCGCUCUAGUCUGGAUGCUCUACUGAAUUUAUGGACAUAUCUUCCGUUCCUUUACUCUUGCGUGUCAUUCGUCGGCGUUUUAAUGUUAUUGGUGUUCACACCGCUGGGAUUCGUCAGAUUGUUCGGAGUUGUCGGUGGCGUGCUCGUUAAGCCCCAGUUCCUAAGAGAUCUCAAUGAGGAGUAUUAUGUAUACUCUUUCGAGGAGGACACGAUUAGGCGGCGGAUCGAGACCUCCUUGGCUACGGGCAUUGGUUACAUAUCACCAGAACCCAUGUACCCAGAUCGCGGUGACAUAUCAGCGCCCGUGGACUCGGACGCGUCGAUGUCGAAAGGGAGCAAGAAUUCCUCGUACGAAGGAAAAGGUACCCCGCUGCUGAGAUUGAGGAAUGGAGCCUUACAAGCUGGUCUUAAAGAGAGACUUCAAAGAGUUGUCGCCAUGAGAAAGCAAGUAGAACAUCAACGCAAGACCUCGUCCCUGCAGCGGAAUGUGGUGUACCCAUUAGCGAUGCUGCUCCUACUCGCGCUGACUACCAUAACAGUUCUUAUGGUGUUGCAAAACACGCUGGAGCUUCUCAUAGGAAUUAAGGCAUUGCCGCUUAGCACUCGGCAAUUCACCCUCGGGAUCGCGUCGCUGUCCAAGCUGGGCUGGGCGGGCGCCACGCUGGAGGCGUUCCUCAUCCUGUACCUGCACGCGGCGUCGCUGACGGGGCUGAGCACGCCCAUGCGCGCGCUGCGCGUGUUGCCGCGCGCGCGCCGCACGCCGCUCGCGCGCAUCAUCGCGCUCUGCGCCGUGCUGCUCGCGCACUCCACCGCGCAGCCGCUGCUCGUCAAGAUACUAGGUAUAACGAACUUCGACCUGCUGGGCGAGUUCGGGCGCAUCGAAUGGCUCGGUAACUUCAAGCUGGUGCUGCUGUACAACGCGAUCUUCGCGGCGACGGUGACGCUGUGCCUCGUCAGCAAGUUCACGGCCAGCGUGCGCCGCGAGCUCUACAACAGAUUUAAAUGGGUAGCCGAGGUUUUUAUAACACCUGAAGACUUGCCAAUACCAAAUAUUUCUACAGUUUCACCUCAGUUGUCUGCUGAUAGAACAGUUAUCACGGAGAAGAAUGAAAAAUCUCAUUUAAAAACAGAGUAAGAUAUUGUUAUAGUAUGGCAUUUUUAAAAAUUUUUAGCAAAUGAAUUUUUCCUGUGGCUAUAGUAAAGUAAGUCCCGUCUCAAAUAAUAGAUUUUGAGUAAGGGGUUUUUAAAACAAAGGGAUUUUUUUCAAGCACAUCCAAUUGAAUAUAUAAGCACUUUAACCAACAAAAACCAAAUGUGUGGACCAAACAAAAUCACCACCUCAAGCAGUCUCGAGUUUCUCCAGGGAAGGUUGGCUUAAGGUAGCCAGCUGUGAAGUCUUUUUUAUAAAUAUCAUUAUUUCUCUUUGCAAAUCCAAAAUACAUAGCAGUAGUGAGACAUACCUCUAUAAGACAGGUAUGUAAUAUAACUCAAUUUUGUACAAAGUUGAAGUAUAACUCAUUCAUUCAUAACACUGUAAAUAUAUUAAUAUUGUAAAGAGACUGACCAUCUGUUUAGUGUUAUAAUUUUGAAUCUAUUGAACUAAUAAUCAUAGCUGUUAAAUUACUUUUAUUAUUGUA